AUGCAAAUCAAUUGGUCAGCCAUCGUUCUUAGUGUCAUUUUCGCGCUUUUUGUCGGAGUUCAAAAAUCGGCCGCAAUGUAAGUCAUUUAUCUCAAAUUCGGCUUUUCUGAUUCGGAUUCUGAUCAAGAUUUAUUAGCCUAAAAAAAAUUUUGCGUGGUCCCAAGAGACCCAAAAUUCGUACAAUCGUCAAAAAUUAUUAUUUUUUGAUAGAUUAUACACAAAUUGUAUUUUGACAGGUUGUUUUUCAAUGUGGCCUGAGCGCGGGUCCAAAAUGAGGCGUUGUACUAAAAAUCCACCACGUCAUAAGUAGCUGUAAUCAAUAAAUUCUUACAGGCCAAGUCCCCAACAAGUUUCACUUUCGCCAACUCGAAAUUGCUUUUUCUCACCAAUGGGUUGUGUUUUCUUGCCAAAAAUGACACGAAUUCGCAAACUUUCGCAAGACUAUCGCUACAUUGCUCCAGAAUACGAAUAA